ACCUACGAGCUGUGUGGGUACGCGGUCACCACCAGGGAAGUAAACGCCCAUUUUGCUCUCUCGAGAUCUCAUCCUGUCAGAGGUUUCACUGCACUGGUGACUACCUCUGUCCAGUGUUCUGUGGCACACAGCGGAUACCGCAAACAGAACUGAGACUGAUGUCGGCAGUGAUGAGAGAGAGUGACUAGUGCCAGUGCUGGGCGCCGGCCCCGGGCAAUGGGGCUCACCACCGCGAAAAGUCGGGCGACGGAUCUUCUGUCGGACGAGUGCAUAGCGUUCGGGUAAGUAGCAUGAGAACGAGUCGCGCGUGCACCCAGCACGCGUAUGUUCGUCCAGCACGCCGUAGAUCCACGCACGGUCUGCUGAUGGCUUUGUUGAGCUUGCUCAUGCUCGACAAAGCCAAGGGCCGGGGCAUCCAGGCUAGGGAAGUGUCAGUUGCAGCCCCACGUCGUUCUUUCAAAGUUGUGAUCGUCCUGUGUGACUUUAGUCUUUAGCGAAGCGCUACCAUCGGAGUGUGGUACUAGUACCAGUGUUGAUGGCCUUAGCACUAUUGCCAGUAUUGGUCUAGUGUGACACUCCAACUCGUCAGUGUCAACCGUGAGCAAAGUGAGGUCGGCCUUAGUCUGUGGAAUGGCAUACACGUGUACAACAUAAUGACAAUGUACAAUGUCAAUGCGGAGUGAACCCUGGUAAGCAGCGACAACUGAAAUUUGGUGCAAGUGGCAAAUGUUCGUGUACGUGAGUCGUAUCACACUGCACUAUACUAUUGCACUGCACUGUCACUAGGUCAGGUCACCCAACAACAUCGUGCCAGCACCGACCGUGCGUGACACACUGCGCGCGGCAUUUGUGGGAAGCUUGGAAGAGCCAUAUCGGGGCCGAGCAGCAUACAUAAUUCACCCAUACUGCCAUAGUCAUACAGUCAUUGUACUUGGGCCGGGCACCCUCGUUUCCUUUGUUGCCUCUACGUAGUCUGGACACGCUGGAUGGCUGGCUGAGUGGUUCCGUCACUACAACACUGGCCCACUGGCACUGCUGCUUUGGCCCAGUUUGGGUCGCGUGUUGUUACUCGUGGUCAGAUAGAGAGAUUCAUAGUCGAAGUCAAAGUCGAUGUUUGUGCGAAUAGCAGUGCAUGUGGUGCACACUAGUGCGGCAGUCUUGCUUUGCUAAACUCCUAGUCCCAGUCGACAAUCAUCAUGGGCGCUGUUUUCAGCUGUUGUGCACGUCCUGGUCGCUCGGCGAAAGCGAAACGCAAGGAAGCCAGGAAGAAGUCGAGCCAGCGAGCAGCGGAAGACUUACGACGAAUGGCUGCCAUGCGACCGAUCAGAGGGAAACAGGUCGUACCCCGCGAGACUAUCGCCAAGUUGGCAAGCAGCUCGACUCCGACACCGACAACCUCUACUCUCAGCGACGAACUGAAACGUGCACGAAUUGAAAAGCUGCACACUGAACGGAAUGCUGAAAUGCUGAAACUGUAUGGUCACCGUGCGCCUCCACCGUCUACUCUCUUGCAGCUUAGUGCUAAUGCCACCGAGGAGAGAAGUCGGCCGGGCAGCGCCUCCCCUGGCCCGCCAAGACAGAUAAGAAGCGCCACAAGCUCUCCGCACCUGGCUAGCCGCCUGCAGCGCAACAUGCGCAGUGGGACUGGUAGCGGAUCAAGCGGCUCCCUAAAUCGACCGCGACGCCACAGCCUGAGCCAGCUGAUGAGAACGUCUCCAAGUCCGUCGUUAACACACAGUCCACAGGACAAGAAGACGGUACUUGUAGAGGAGUGUAAACGUGCAGAGACGGAGGAAGAACAGGAGCCAUUGACAGAGCUUGAACAAUUUGCUUCAGAAUUCAAGAAAAUGCCAUCGAAGAAAGAACCAGAACCUGCAGGUACACCAAAGAUGGAAAGUGAAGGAAGAUGGAGGAUUGAUAGUGAUGGUCCUGGCCCUUUGGCAUCGGGUGACUAUGAUGCUGUGUCCGAGAGAUCUAUGGGAAAUGUGACACCAAUGUAUGGGGCCGGGCAGAUAGUGGAAACACAUCUGUUCAACGGACCAACAUUCGGUGACAUUGAGCUUGGUCUGAGUGCACGCGGCGUCAGUAGUAAUGCAAUGGUGCUGUUGGAAGUGCGCUCAGUGGCAAAUCUCAUCUACAGAUCAGCACCAGACUUCAGACCAAGCAUCUAUGUGAAGGCAUACCUGCAAAGUGACGAUGGCACUAAAGUUCACAAACGCAAGACAAAGGGUCGGCAGGGUCGUGACAAUGUGAUUUUUGACGAGGUCCUCAUGUUCCGCUCCCAAGGACUAGAUAAAAUAAUGAAGGUCAUGGUUUGGGAGGAUCAUGGUGUUCUUGGUCGUAACGUUAUGCAAGGCGAGGUGCUGGUGGACUUGUCACUCCUUGACCUACGCACUGGUAGCCAUGCCUGUUAUCCACUGUUCGCCCCCUACUCAUCGUCGACUGCCAAUCUGUCGCCAGCAGAGUCAAUGAUGUCAUUGUCAUCAUCCUUCUCUACUGAUCCCGGUGGACAGAGUCCACGCAAGUUAAUAUCGGGUGGAUCACAGCAUUCCAUCAAGAAGAAAGGCUUUCGCAAGAGCCUUCGCUGAACCGCAGCCGGCUAUAUGCAUCAGUGUGUUCUGUCGCUGCACGGAGGACAUGUACGGUAUGAUGUAACACCAUCACUGGGGUCCACCUUCACCUGCACCCAGACUCAACAAACCCAGACGUCCAAUGAUAGUAGCAUGCGGAUAGUGCCAGGCAAACGACUGUUCCUCAUGUUUCGCAUCUGCAUUGCUGCAUUGAUGAAGGCUGGGAGAUCACAAGCUGAUUUGGACCAGACUUCUAGCUAGGUUCCUGACGUACCACAUAUCCUCAUGUCAUUGUUCAUGGAUGAAGUCAGACAUGCAUGCACAGGCGGGCCUGGCAGAAUUGAACAAUCCCCAUCGCACGAAUGCUAUAUGGUCAAAGUCCAUGUAGCGGUGUGACAACUUCACGACAAGCCAAUGAUCUGCACGGUAUUCUCAGCAUGAGCCACUCAUGCAACCUGGAAUUAAUGCGGUGCUCAUGUACUGAUGCCGCAGCUGUGGAUGCCAACGAUUUGUCAGCACAUCCUGCUGCCGUGCUGUCGCUGCUGUCGGCACUGCUGCUGCUGCUGCUGCUGCUGCUGCUGCUGCUGCUGCUGCUGCUGUAACUGGUAAGGUGUUCACUGUUCAGUGCAUAGGCAGAUACCCGGCAUGUCUGUAUUGAAAUUCUUGAGAGCAGACUGUCCUAUGCAGUGAAAGAGAUUGUGUGCUGUCCUGGUCAACUCUACCCACUGGAGACAAUCAGCACAACACAUUUUGCUAUUUGUUCACUGCACUUGCUGGAAGUCAGGCAAACAGUAGCAUGUUGGAGGUAUGUUCAUAACUUAUGAUUAUGCUGUGGGUACUGCAGUACAUACUGCCCAUAACUUGAGUCCCUGUUUCGAUCUAAACUAUUUUAUGACUUGUGACUUGUGGAGUGAGUUUUUCAGCCACAAUAUCCUAUCUAUAAGCCAAGAUUUACUGAAUACAUGCAAGCCGUAGCCAACUAGUCCUAGCCAGAAAGAAUCCCAUUUGACAAGUUUGUAUUUGAACUACUGCAGUGACGACGACGGCCAUCAUCAGGCCUGUAUGGCUCUCUGUUCAUCACUAUUCUGAUUCUCCACAGAACGCUGGUAUCUAUCAAUACCAAGAAAUUGGACUCUUUCUUGAACGCAGCUUGGUCUGCCGAUUUUCUGCUUGAACCCUGGCAAGAUGCGUUGCACAUGCCACUGCAUAAGCAAUGUGUUUGGACUGCUACCAUUAUUAAUUUUUAUUUUCACUGAAGCGACCGCUGUAUAAUG